UCCAGACCCUCACCAUAGCACUCGAGAGGCGAUUCGGGCAGCGGCACUCCACUGAUCAGAGCAGAAAGCAGCUGACCAACCGGAGCCGUCGGCCAGGGGAGAGCCUGGGCACCUUUGCAGCGGACGUAUUGCUGCAUGCUCGUCGUGGCUACCCGGAGUUCCCAGCAGCAGCCUGUGAGGAGCUUAGCCUGCAUGCUUUUCUGCGAGGACGUAGUCUGCGAGCGACUACGUCAACACGUCCGCCUGGCCAUGCCUCAAACUCUCCGUGAGGCGCUCCUUGAGGCUGAGAGAGCCGAGCUGGUGUUCACCUCGCAACCUAACCAGCAGGUGCCCCCCCAAACUGUCCCCAAAUCAGAGUCGCAGACUGCGACGGGGAGGGGGAGGUCGCCGAGAUAUGCCAGCUGCAACCCUCGGUGCCCCGGAGGCGUCUCCGUCGACCGACCGACCGCUGCUACCGGUGCGAUGAGCCUGGCCACGUGGCGCGUGACUGCCCAGCACCUGCCCCGAAGACCAGGACUACGCAGCCCCAGGGAAACGGGGAGGGAGCGGUGUAGCGAGGGGACCACCGCUCCAGCUUCCUGCCCCCCUCCAAGGACGAUGCACGGUGGUGGGCCGAAUUGGGCACCUCAAGGGACUCUACCUGAGCUGCUGUGUUGAGGACCAGCCAUGCCAGGCCCUGGUGGACACGGGGUCCACCAUUUCCCUGAUACGACCUGGCGUGCUCCCUGGAACGUCCGGGCCAUUGGUGAAGGGUUGGUCGCCCACCGACACCCAGCUGAUGACGGUGACGGGUGAGAGGGCUGAUAUGCGGGGGAAGAAACCAUUGCGGAUCCGAGUGAAGGAUCUGGAGCUGGUGCACGACUUCUGGCUUGAUGACAUUCAAGACCAGUGCAUCAUCGGCCUUGAUCUGCUGACCCGCUGGGGGGCCUGCGUCGCCACCGCAAAGUGGGCUAUCACUCUUGGCACAGAGACUCUUGCCCUCCAGUGCGGUCAAAAGCAGGGAGCGGAGGGGACCAGAGCCAGACGAGACAGGCGUCGGGCAGCUGCCGCUCAGCAGAUUUCGGGUACCGGUGGCUCCGGGUCAUCUCUACUCACCUCAGCCCCGGCCUCUCAGCCCGACAAAUCUCUCUCGACCGAGACAACCGAGGCUGUUGGUGACCUGUGGCAGCGCAGCAGCGUAGGUCUCAACGUUGACCAGCGCCAGCGGUUGAGGUGCCUCCUGGACGAGAAUGUGGACAUCUUUGCCGCCAGUGACAAAGACUGCAGGCAGACGGGGCUGGUCCACACUGGCUACCCAGCUCGCCAUUCUCACCAGCCGCCACCAGCGGGAUUGGGACCGACAUCUGCCCCUGGUCCUUUGGUCGUAUCGGACUGCGGUUCAGGAGUCCAGCCAGUGCACGCCUGCCGCUUUGAUGUUUGGGCGGGAGCUCCGGACGCCUGUGGAUCUGGUGUUUGGGUCCCCCCCUGAGCCGGAGAUUGACGGUGGGCCAGAGAUGGACUACUACAGGAGGCUGAGGGAGCAGCUGCAGGUGGUUCACGACUACACCCGCCAGGCCCAGGCCAGCGCCGGAGUACGGCAGAAAAGAGCCUACGACACCAAGUGUCGGAGGGAGGCUUUUGUGCCUGGCGACAAGGUUUGGGUCUACAGCUCGGUUCGCAAGAGAGGAGUGUCCCCCAAACUGUGCAGUCACUGGCAAGGGCCGGCGGAGGUCGUGGAGUGGCUAACGGAAGUGGUGUACCGUAUCCGCAUGCCGGGCCCGGGGCGCAUGGUGGUGUUGCACCGGGACAGGCUUUCACCGUAUCGACCGCUCGCUCCGGCAGACGCCGGGGCAGGGGAUGCUGGUGACACCCCAGGUUCUGAUCCGAGUGACUUUUCUGAUCCGGUGCGCCAGAAGAAGGCAUCCGGACACUUACAGGACUUUGUGUGGGGUAAUGGGGCUGACGGGGACGACUGACCCCUUAGGUGGGGGCUAUGUAGCGGGUCAGGGCUGUUUUGGGGUUUUGUUAUUAUAGUUCUGUUUACUGUUGUCAUGGUGAUGAGUGACGCGCUCUCUCGGCGACUGUUUUCCGGUGAGAGAGCGCCUUUUUUUGUUAUUUUUAUGUGUUGUUGCCGCGCUGAGGAGGGAGGUAGCGGAAGUGUUCUGGGCCGGUUGCAAAUAAACGGGUGCUCCCAAAGAAACCUUUGUCUCCUCCGUGACUGAGCUCACCACAAUAUAGAUAUUUGCAAAUAUCUAUAUUUGAUAUGUUGAUUUAAAACAGUUUGGUGAAUACACAACAAAAACAGUAAAACUAAUGUAGCAAAAAACAUGUAGGUUAACUCUAAAACACAGCUCCAUAGAUGUUAAACUCUUGUGGACACCUGGACACAAGUACAGAGCACAGAGGUAAGGUUAAAAGAUGUUUUAAUGAAAAAAAUAUAUGUUGAAAAGAAUCUAUCUAAAGGACAGGCAAGCAAUUGCCACAAGUGUCUCUCUUCUUUCUUCUCUCACAACCUAGUUCUCUCGCCAUGAUUCUCUCAGCAGCUGCUGGUGUCUAAACAGAAGAGACAAAAGGGCUCGGCUGUGAUUGGUGGCCCUAAGGAACGGCCUGAUGUAACUGGUUCCUGCUGUGGACGUGAACUAUAAAAGGGCGACUGAAGAGCUGCGAAGCGGGGGGGUGUGGCAGACUUCCCGUGCACUUGCCCCAGGUCCAGACGGAGCAGCCGUAGCCAUAGCUCCUUAGUUAAAAUGUGUGUGAAGUGCGGAGCAAGUAGGGGUGAGCUGCCGAUUAUUUUGGGAAGCCUUCUUUUCUCCUGUGUUUUUAGACCAGGGAGGUCAGACUGUGUCAUUUCUUUGUUUUCUUUUUCUUGAACAGGUCAGAAGGGAACCGAAGCCUAGGUUGAGUUUUGUUUGUUGUGUUGGCCUUAGCUCACCCCGAAAAUAUACACUCCCACUACCGUGAGUGCCACUGUUGUGAAUAAAUUAUUGUUAAAAGUC